AUGAAGGUCAAGCCUAAAUUUUUUGAACUUCAUUUUGUCCGAGGCAAAUAUUCUCGGCUGAGUCCCAAGCAGGACUUGGAUAGGAAACAGCAUUUACGAGAGGCUCUAGAUGCCUUCCGGGUGGCAUUUCCGGAAAAAUUUAAGGAUUUCGAGCUCAGGCAAUCUCUUAGAAAGGAAGAGAGGGAUCUAUUACAAAGACUCAAGGAUGUCCCUUCUGAAUCUGUAGUGCCUAUGCAUACACACCCGAACGGUCCCAUCUCUGAGGAAGAACAGAUAUUUCGCCUGAAUGCGAGAAAUAAGGAAUUGCGUUCUAUCAUUACCUUUUUUGAGAAUGUUGUUAAAGAAAUGGAGCCUUUCCAUAGUGAGGACAGGGAUGAUUACGCCGAGUCUGAGAUUUUCGACUUUGUGGAUAUUCCGGCUUCGUUCCGAUCAUGGCUCCGGUCACAGGAUGGUCUUAAAAUCCGUGGUCUCCCAAUAACAAAUCGAGAGGCACUGGAAUCGGCAUUUUCUCUUCUUGGCAAAGGCCGCAUAUCAAACCUCGAUCAAUUCUCGACUGAAUAUCUCGCCCGCAUGGUCGGAAUCAUGUACAUCCGGAAAAUCACCCGAACCGAAUCAGGAUUCAAGCAAUGCAAAGCGAUCCCUGGAGAGCCCGGGAAAUUAAUUCAUCUAAAAUGCAGGGGUUGCGCGAGAUCAGUUUUGGAUGACGCUUUUCCUUUCUUUGUGGCAGAAUUGCCAAGUUGUUAUAUUAUCGAGGUUGUUCGAAGUGCUCAAAGAGGUGGCAAUGGCUGUGGGCAAAACGGCUGCAAAGGAAAGCCAGGCCUCAUCCCUGCUCAAGCGGUGCAGCACUAUACCCGUAUGGAAACGAGGGCCAUUGCCCAGACUAAACGCCGCAAGGCAAACUGGAAGGCCCCCCUAUGCCGCACGGGUAAGGACCUGGAAGGUUGUGCUGAGACUGUUCGUAAUGCGGCCGCGAAAGAGAUUAUGACACCCCAGAGUGGACAAUUCACUCACCCGCUCGCCUCGUUCAGCCUCGGCUCAAAUGUGAUUGCGACUGUAGAAAAAAAGACCACUACUUCGAGCCUGUAG